GGGGUGGAGAUCGUCCUCUCGGCUAGCCUCGCCUCGCUCUCCGGGGGUGGGCAGCGCCCCAGAGGCAGGUGGAGUUUGUAAGGCAAUCAUAUGACCCGCAGAAAAGUUGCACUUCCUGAAAAUCUCCACCUUCUCCUCCUCUUCCCAGCUAGCCAGCCUGCAACUAGCCACCCCUACGUAGAACAGCUAAGCAAGGGGAGGGGGCGGCGGCAAACUACUACUACUUUGCUACUACUACUACUAGCAGCCCUAGCCAUGGGGGGCUCUUUGAACCCUGGGAUCUUCUGGGCUCUGUUCAUGCCCUGGCUACUGCUUGCCGCCGGGCGAGCAGAAGCUGGAGGUGGCAGAAAGGGCAAGAGUAAUAUACUCCUCAUCCUAACUGAUGACCAGGACGUAGAGAUCGGGGGGAUGACCCCCAUGAAGAAGACUCAAUCGUUGAUUGGCCAGUUAGGCGCUUCCUUUGCGAACGCGUUUGCAGUCACUCCACUGUGCUGCCCUAGCCGCAGUGGCAUCCUUACCGGCAGCUACCCCCACAACCAUCUGGUGAGGAACAACUCCCUGGAGGGCAACUGCAGCAGCCCAGCUUGGCAGAAGUUUCAGGAGCCAUACACCUUCCCGGUUUAUCUGCAGAAGCAAGGCUACCAAACCUUCUAUGCCGGCAAAUAUCUCAACCAGUAUGGAGACGCCAAAGCAGGAGGCGUUCAGCAUAUCCCCAUGGGCUGGUCCUACUGGCUAGGUCUGGUGGGGAAUUCCAAGUAUUACAAUUACACCCUUUCGGCCAACGGACGUGAGGAGAAGCAUGGAGAGAACUAUGAAAAAGACUAUCUCACCGACCUCAUAACCAACCGGAGCCUGACAUUCCUGCAGAAGAUGUCUCGGCCGCCGUUUCUCAUGGUGUUGGCCCCUCCGGCCUCCCACUCCCCGUGGACCGCAGCCCCCCAUUACAAGUCGGCCUACAACCACAUCAAAGCACCACGCAACGGAAGCUUCAACGUCCACGGGAAGGACAAGCAUUGGUUGAUAAGGCAAGCAAAGACUCCCAUGUCAAACGCAUCCAUUGAGUUCCUGGACAGUGCAUACAGACAGCGGUGGCAGACUUUGCUGUCUGUGGAUGACAUGGUGGAGAAGAUGUUGGGUGAACUGAAGACCCUUGGCCUGCUGGACAGCACAUACGUGUUCUAUACCUCAGAUCACGGUUACCACGCGGGUCAGUUUUCACUGCCCAUUGACAAGCGGCAGCUUUAUGAGUUUGACAUCCGGGUGCCGUUGCUGGUGCGAGGCCCAGGCAUCAAACCGAAUCAGACUCAUCUGGAACCCAUCCUCAAUAUUGAUCUGGGACCCACCUUCCUGGACAUUGCAGGAGUCAAUGUAUCUCAGACCUCCAUGGAUGGGCAGUCCUUCCUGCCCUUGUUGAUGAACAGCACGCGCAGCAAUGGUUGGCGGUCGGAUUUCCUGGUGGAGUACACUGGGGAAGGCUGCACUGGCAAAGAUCCCCACUGUCCGGGCUUGGGACCGGGAGUGUCGCAAUGCUUUCCUGACUGCGUCUGUGAGGAUGCCUUCAAUAACACCUACGCCUGUGUGCGCACCCUAAGCGCCAUCGACUUGCAGUACUGUGAAUUUGCGGAUGCCCUGAAUUUUGUUGAGGUCUAUAAUCUGACUUCAGACCCACACCAACUCCUCAAUGUGUUCAAGAUGGUGGACCCUUCGGUGCUGGAGCAGAUGAAUCAGAGGCUAAUCAAGUUACAGGCAUGCUCUGGGGUCAGCUGCCGCUCCUAACGCCCCCUGAUGCUGCUCUUGCUCUGGCUUGUGCCAAGAAGCCCAGAAAGUCCCCGUGGGUCUCUUCUUCCCUCCCUCCCUCCCUCCCUCUCUCUUUCUCUCUCUCUCGUGGGGUCACGUCCUCCUUUCUCCACUUUUAAGCCAACAUUGUUCUGCUUUCCCAUUCUCAAUCCCUUGGCUUUAAGGCCCUGGUCAGUAACUGACUUGGCUGGAGGAAUGGCGGGAAGGUAUGAACGGGAAGUCGAGGCUCAGUGCACGACCGCCAUCGGAAUGAAUGGGCAUCAAGCUCUCGCCUUCUUUUUUUUGCAACUCAAAUUUUGCCACUCAGGGUGGGGUUGGGGGCAGAACUGGUCCGGAGGACCCUAGUUGCUGACCCCCCCUGCUCUAAGGGCAGGGCUGGGCAGUUGUCACCCACCGGUAGACCCCUGGAAGGUUGGAGUGAGGGUUUUUGACUCCCAGUGGAACCCUUUGAUUCUAAAUGUGCUUCUUUUGCACCAGGCACGGGUUGGUGGAUCUCAGGGUUGCAGUAAAAAGAAAAUGAAAAUAAAAGUAGCUCCUGCAAGCCUGAAGUCUACCCACCCUUGGUGAAAGAGGUUGUCCUGGGCUACGUGGCAAUGGAUUGGCUCUCUUCUUUUCUCCUGCCCUGGGAAGGGGGUGGGAUUCAUUUCCCCAUCUAGUCACUAAUCAGAAUGGGAUUACUUCUCCUCCUUCUCUUUCCCCUGGCUGAGCCCGGGAGGAUCCGUGAUUUUUGUGUCUUUAAUGCCUGUCCUCUUAGGGAUUUUUAUUCAGAUCCUCUCCCCUAGUCCAAAGUGGCUCUGGUAGCUGCUGUGUUGUCUCAACUGUACUUGUUUACUGUUGUGCUGUGAAAAGAAAUGGAAUAAAAGACUCAUUUAUUAGGAAACAA